AUGAGGAUUAGAGGUCGUAUAGGGGCUGCACCUCAAAUCCCCUACGAAGCUAAGUAUCCCAUUCUUCUCCCUAAGGAUCACCCCGUAACGCUUCUGUUAAUCGACAGGUACCAUCGACGUUAUCUUCACAGCAAUCGUGAAACGGUUGUAAACGAGGUGCGCCAACGCUUUUGGAUUCCGAAGCUCAGGGCGGUGGUACCACGAGUGAGCAAGGACUGCCAGUUCUGCCGGAUCCACAAAGCAUCAGCUCAACCUCCAGUAAUGGGACCUCUGCCUAAAGUGAGACUGACGCCGUUCAUCAGGCCGUUCACCUACACCGGACUGGAUUACUUUGGUCCUAUACUCGUCAAGGUAGGACGCAGCUUGGUCAAACGGUGGAUUGCACUUUUUACUUGUCUGACAAUACGUGCAGUCCACUUGGAAGUGGUCCAUUCGCUGAACACCUCCUCAUGCAUCAAGGCUAUCAGAAGAUUUGUGGUCAGAAGAGGGGCCCCAGACGAGAUAUAUUCCGACAACGGAACGUGCUUUGUCGGAGCCAACCGACAAUUGAUGGAACAGCUGAGGGAAAUCAACGGAGGAUGUGCGAGCGUUUUUACAAAUGCGAGAACCAAGUGGUUGUUUAACCCUCCCGCAGCUCCUCACAUGGGUGGAGUGUGGGAGCGAAUGGUUCGCUCCGUGAAAGUUGCAAUGGCAGCUGUAGCAGGAGCACCACGCCAUCCCGACGAUGAAACUUUGGAGACAGUCAUACUAGAAGCGGAAGGCAUCGUGAACACACGACCCCUCACAUACGUGCCCUUGGAUGUGGCCACAGAUGAAGCAUUAACCCCGAACCACUUCCUGUUGUACGGAAACAGAGGGGUUACUCAACCGAGCACGGAGUUUGUGGCACCUUGUCAAACAUUGAGGGACAGCUGGAAACUUACUCAGCACUUGGCCGACGAGUUCUGGCGUCGCUGGGUUAGAGAGUAUCUUCCAGUUUUGAGGAGACAAGUGAAAUGGUUUGAACCGACCAAACCCUUGGAAGUCAAUGACUUGGUCAUUGUCAUUGAGGAAUCAGCACGGAAUCAUUGGGAGCGUGGAGUUAUUACCGAGAUCUACCCAGGAUCGGAUGGUCAUGUGCGGUCGGCGAUGAUCCAGACCAGUACUGGCAUUAAGAAGAGGCCCGUAACGAAGCUUGCAUUACUGGAUGUCAGGAAGGCUCAGAGCAAAGAAGAUGAUCGUGGUUCCCAGCAACACGGGGCCGGGUAUGUUGAGAAAGCCCCUCGAUUGGGCAACGGAGAGGUGUAA